AACGUGGGGAAAAUACAAUAAGCUUGCCCGGGCGGCGUGGUUAAAUCUUUGAAGUUUCCGUUAAUGCCGGCGACCGUUAUAAAAGAAAGGGUAGGUUUCAUAGGGCUACAUAUGAGACCCUGUUCUUAGGAAAAGCGCCUUAAAAUGAUCUUAAGUAGUCUUAUUCUAGUGGCGCUCGCUAGUUCUCUCGCCAAUUGUCACAGCCAUAACGGACGAGUUGAAUUCGACAAGGAAGAACAAAGUUUAAGAGAUCUAAUUCGAGGUGUAUCUUCUAUUGAGCCCGCACCGACUGUUCCAGAGGGCAGCGGUUGCCCAUGUGAAUGUAAGGACGGCGCACCCGGGAAGGACGGAAAAGACGGAAAGGACGGGGAGAGUAUUGUGGGACCGCAAGGGCCGCCGGGAUAUAACGGGAGUGAUGGCAAAGACGGCAAGGAUGGCAUACAAGGACCACCCGGACCUCCCGGACCACAAGGCCUGCCAGGAGUAUGUGACAAGGCAACGCUGGACAUGAUUAACGAGCAGCUUGUAGGACUGGAAAGAACGAUUUACCUAGCGAAAGAAGAAUUCAAGACAGAGCAGGCAGCUCUUGCAACCCAGUUGACUACAGCGACCAAUCAGUUGACGAGCUCAGUGGCCACGCUUGAUAGCAAGGUCGAUUCCACAAGUUCGAGACUUCAAGACAUGAUAAUGGCUGUAAACAACAGCAGAAUUCCAGGACCUCGCGGGCCCCAAGGUGAACAAGGACUUAAGGGAGACCCGGGACCACAAGGCCAACAGGGGCCUAAAGGGGACCAGGGAGAGCAGGGCUCAAAAGGGUCCCAGGGACCACAAGGGCCAAUCGGCGCGCUAGGUCCAAGAGGUCCUAAAGGAGAGAGCGGUAUAAGUGCCCUCAGAGGGUGUCUUCACCGGUUGGUAAAGAGCAAACCUCAGAAGGGCGGACGUCCAGUGUUCGUUGCGCUUGUUGAACCAUCGAAGGGUCACGUGGUUGUUGGGGUCACGUGUUCUUCGAACAUGCGCAGCAUCAAUCGCCUUGCCCCGGUUGAGACAGCGCUCUACAACUGCGAGUGUCAGCGGACUAAUGGUAAAAGAGGACGAGUUGCAGAUGACGAAGAGAUGGAUGAAAACGAGGUAUCAAGGCAUUGGUGGAACCGGCCGACCAAGCCUCCAAAGCCCACCCGUCCGCCCAGACCUCACCACAGGGCACUUGUCUGUGAGCUCCACUAUUGGGAGUGCCCCGCCGAAUAGAAGCAUUAACAAGCGUGCUAGAAGAUCUCUUAGUUCCUUUGAUUUGAUUUCUCAGGAUUAUACACUCGAAAAUGCAUCCAGGAUAGUGUAUAUUUUCAGUUCUAAAUAUUACAGAGUUAAUGUAAAUUGGAAUAAUAUUGUCAAAUCAUUUGUAGUUCUUUCUAUAAAGGUCGAAGGUGAUUAAAUGAAAAGUGAACUGACAGUUUUUUUUUCUUGAGUAUUUUAUUCGGUGCUGGUUAUGUAGUGGAGAGAAAAUAAAUAUGCGAACAUAAA